ACAUGGCCACGCCUGUCUACUGUGUACAGCUGUGUACAGACAGACCAUGAAGGCAGCACUGCUGUGAGUCACAUGACAGGCAGACUUCUCCGACUGAUCCUACACAGAUCUUAGAACCAUGCCAACCACACAGCAGUCCCCCCAGGAUGAACAGGAGAAGCUUCUAGAUGAAGCUGUGCAAGCUGUGAAGGUCCAGUCGUUCCAGAUGAAGCGAUGCCUGGACAAGAACAAGCUGAUGGAUGCUCUGAAACAUGCCUCUAACAUGCUGGGUGAGCUGAGGACCUCCAUGCUUUCUCCAAAGAGUUACUAUGAGCUCUAUAUGGCUAUUUCUGACGAACUCCACUACCUAGAGGUUUAUCUGACUGAUGAGUUUGCCAAGGGACGCAAAGUGGCAGAUCUCUAUGAGCUGGUCCAGUAUGCAGGCAACAUCAUCCCCAGGCUCUAUCUGCUAAUCACAGUGGGUGUGGUGUACGUUCGCUCCUUCCCCCAGUCUCGUAAGGACAUUCUAAAGGACCUGGUCGAGAUGUGUCGCGGUGUCCAGCAUCCACUCAGGGGCCUCUUCCUCAGAAACUAUCUGUUGCAGUGCACCCGCAACAUACUGCCAGAUGAUGGAGAACAGUCAGAAGGAUCGGAGGAGAUGACUGGUGAUAUCAAUGACUCCAUCGACUUUGUCCUUCUGAACUUUGCGGAAAUGAACAAGUUAUGGGUUCGAAUGCAGCAUCAGGGUCACAGCCGAGAUCGAGAGAAGAGAGAAAAGGAACGACAAGAGCUAAGGAUUCUGGUGGGCACCAACCUGGUUCGCCUCAGCCAGCUGGAGGGUGUCAAUGUGGAAAAGUACAAACAGGUUGUUCUUCCUGGAGUUCUGGAGCAGGUUGUGAACUGCAGAGACUCAUUGGCUCAGGAGUAUCUAAUGGAGUGCAUCAUUCAGGUUUUCCCAGAUGAAUUCCACCUUCAGACCCUGAACCCUUUCCUGCGUUCCUGUGCUGAGCUCCAUCAACAUGUCAAUGUCAAGAACAUCAUUAUAGCCCUCAUUGACAGACUUGCCCUGUUUGCUCAUCGAGAAGAUGGCCCCGGUAUUCCAACUGAGAUCAAACUGUUUGAUAUCUUCUCUCAGCAGGUGGCCACUGUCAUUCAGUCUCGCCAGGACAUGCCAUCAGAGGACGUGGUCUCUCUUCAGGUUUCUCUCAUCAAUCUGGCCAUGAAAUGCUACCCUGAUCGUGUUGACUAUGUAGAUAAGGUCCUGGAGAGCACUGUGGAGAUAUUCAACAAGCUCAACUUGGAACACAUAGCAACCAGCAGCGCAGUGUCAAAGGAACUUACCAGACUGUUGAAGAUCCCAGUGGAUACCUACAACAACAUUCUAACAGUGCUGCAGCUCAAACACUUCCCACCACUCUUCGAGUACUUUGACUACGAGUCGCGCAAGAGCAUGAGCUGCUAUGUGCUGAGCAACACACUUGACUACAACACCACCAUUGUGGCACAGGAACAGGUGGAUGCCAUCUUGAACUUGGUAUCCACACUGAUACAGGACCAACCAGACCAACCAGCUGAUGAUCCCGACCCUGAGGACUUUGCUGAGGAGCAGAGCCUUGUGGGUCGUUUCAUUCACCUGCUCCACUCUGAAGAUCCUGACCAGCAGUACCUUAUUCUGAACACAGCCCGCAAACACUUUGGUGCGGGUGGAAAUCAAAGGAUUCGCUACACUCUCCCUCCUCUGGUGUUCGCUGCCUACCAGCUGGCCUUCAGAUACAAAGAAAACUCCUCAUUGGACGACAAGUGGGAGAAGAAAUGUCAAAAGAUCUUUUCCUUCGCCCACCAGACCAUCAGUGCUCUAAUCAAGGCUGAGCUUGCUGAGCUGCCUCUCCGACUUUUCCUGCAGGGGGCACUGGCUGCAGGUGACAUUGGCUUUGAGAACCACGAGACUGUAGCUUAUGAGUUCAUGUCACAGGCCUUCUCUCUAUAUGAGGAUGAGAUCAGCGACUCCAAAGCCCAGUUGGCAGCCAUCACACUGAUCAUUGGUACCUUUGAGCGAAUGCGAUGUUUCAGUGAGGAAAACCAUGAGCCGCUGAGGACUCAGUGUGCACUGGCUGCCUCCAAGCUGCUGAAGAAGCCUGACCAGUGCCGAGCCGUCAGUAUCUGUGCCCACCUUUUCUGGUCAGGUCGCAGCACCGACAAAAAUGGUGAAGAGAUCCGUGAUGGUAAACGGGUGAUGGAGUGUUUAAAGAAAGCCCUGAAGAUUGCCAACCAGUGCAUGGACCCAUCACUGCAAGUUCAGCUUUUCAUUGAAAUCCUCAACAGAUACGUCUGCUUCUAUGAGAGGGAAAACGAUGCGGUGACUGUCCAGGUAUUAAACCAGCUGAUUCAAAAGAUCAGGGAGGAUCUUCCCAACCUGGAGGCAAGUGAGGAAACAGAGCAGAUCAACAAACACUUCCACAACACACUGGAGCAUCUUCGCCUGCAGAGAGAAUCCCCUGAGUCUGAGGGCCCCGUCUAUGAGGGCCUGGUCCUUUAAAACUAUUGCAGGUUGGAAGGAUGUGAGGUCCUCAUCCAUCCUCAUCCAUAGAUAUUUCACUAUAAAAUGAAUAUACAACUACACACAAAUUCCAUCCUGUACAUCAGGGAUAAAAAUAAAUGUCAUUAUUUUCCCAAGAGCUAAAAUAACUCCUUUUUAUUUUUAUUAUUAUUCAUGUUUCUGCAUUAUUUCCUCCCCACUGUCCCUCAUUAGCAGAACCUUUUUCUGCAACAGGUUGAAGAUGUUAUAUUAUAAGAAGCAUGUGUCAGCAACACUGCACUUACCUUCAAUGUGCACUUGUGGCAAGUCUUCACCAUUCCUUUGUGAAUUCCUACUUGACCAGUUUGUCUUUAACCUGUAUCAUUUUACUGUUGAUAGUAGAAUUGCUAGCUGUGAUAGGUGUAUCCACUGAGUCAUCAACCCCGCAUCUUGGCAUAUUGAGAGAUGAAUGUAUUAGCUGAGUGUGCAUAAAGGCUACAGAAUCUGGUAGUGGUGUUGCUUAUGAGCUAGUCCCCACCCUUGAAUAAUCAAUAACUGAUGUUCUUUAGGAUGGCUUUGUGGACAGUUUUAAACAGGUUCUUUUAAACCAAACUGAAGACUGGACAAAUGGAAGCACGUGCUAGGUUUGGCCCCACAGGGACAAACAGUGUUGUUCCCAUUAAAGCAAAGCAUCUUUUCAUCUAGUCAUUCUUUGUUUGUGGCAGCUGCAGUUCAGUUAAUAAUUGUGCAGCGUUUUGCAUGACCCUGAAUUCAUUUACCAUCCCAGCUGGGCAGCAAAGAAAUGGCAAAUGGCAGUAAAAUUUAGUAAAUUGUAUGUCGGAGGAUUGACAUAUUUGUCAAAAAAGAUCAUAUGAUCUCAUACUUAGGCAGUGCUUUUCAUUAAUAACAUCAGAUGUGUCUCUCUAUGGACUCUGUUUCAUUAAUCAGUUUAUUUCUGGACCUGUCAGUGGAUGGACAUGUUCAGAAAAGCUGCAGCAUGUGUUUGUGUGCUUUAGCAUGCUUGUACAAUAAGGCCUGGUUUUCAGUUUAUUCUAUAGAUCCCACCAACUACAAUGUGUGACUUUGUCACCAAGCAGUAAUCCACUGCUUGGUGACUGUAUCCUGUUGUUGGGGGGUUGCAGUGAUUCUCAGAAUUGUAUGCUAGUUGACAAGUUGCCAUACUGAUCACGUAAUGAUGUACACAUUUGCGUGUAAGAUUUUGGAAUUACUUGCUGCACCAUGUGACAGUGUCUGCUUAUCUCUCUUUCUUAGCUCUCAUCGUUGAUUUGUUGGAGGCAGUAUUGAUCAGUUUCUCUCCCUUUUUGAAUCUGUGUGUAAACCCACUUGUAAAUCACAUAAAGAAAAGAUCAGAUUAAAGAUCAAUUAUCAUUGUGCUGAAAUAAAAUUGAAAUUAUUAACAAUA